AUGGCUGCAGCAGUACUCCAGCCAGAGAAACCGUACGUCGAUGCGGUUCUCAACUAUCGACUCGACCCUACCAUGGGUGGAACUGAAGUCAUCUGGGGUGGAGUCUACGGGCAGCUGCGUCGAAAGUACCACCCGUUCCCCGUCAAGAUCUAUGACGAGCGUGGACACGAGGAUCAAUUCAAGAUUGACGUGCAAGGCUUCCAGCUGGAGCAUGCCCCAGCACCAGGGUUAGAGCUCAACGAAGAUGGUGUAGUUCCACUGAGGGGCAGCGCCUACGACGAGGACUGUGUCAAGCUCUUGAAGAAAGUGACCGGCUGUUCUCGAGUCUUCGUUAUCAGCAGCUUGACGCGCAGAAGAGGCUACGAUGCCACAAAAGCGAGCGGCGAGGAUGAGGAUAAGCCGGACAUGGAAAUGACUCCUGGCAACGCUUCCGCUCGAUUUGUACACGUCGAUCAAUCUUACUCUGGAGCUCGAAAGAGAUUGUAUCUUGACAUGGGUGCUGAGGAGGCUAAAGUCAUGGAGAAGACCAGGUGGUCCGUCAUCAACAUCUGGCGCCCGCUGGAGGUUGUCAACAACGAGCCUUUGGGGCUUUGCGACGCUCGAACGGUCUCAGAGGAACAACUCCACGAUACCAUCCACUUGGUUCCAGUGAAGUGGCCCAUGACUCCUCCUGAGAACAAGAUGUGGCAGGUUGGACCUCCUGAGAAGGAAGGCGAGCACAAAUGGCAUUUCUUCUCCAAGAUGACCCCAGACGAAUGCCUCGUGAUGAAGAUGUUUGACUCCAAGAAAGAGGGAGUCUGCAGGCGUCUUCCGCACUCUGCUUUCCCCACGCCUGAGGACUUCGGCCCGCCACGAAGGAGUGUUGAGACGAGGUGCUUCUGCUUCUGGGAGGACGAGUCUGCUGACUAG